AGAGUGGAGGUCACGUGUUUCCUGUUUGAGAGUGGAGCUCCACUCGUCCAUCGUCUCGUUGUAGUCUUGCGUGUUUCAUUAAGUCUAAAAAGAGUUUUGUCUCUGUGUAUUUUAGAUGUUGAUGUUGAGAUGAAUGUGCUGUGCUGUAAAUCAGUAGGAACUGAUCUGUCCAUGAGAAAUUGUUACUGGAGGCAAAGCUGAGCUCAAGAGAAGAUGAAAGAAGUGAAGAGAGAGGAUGUGGAUUGUUGUCUAUCGUCAGUGUAUGAUGUGACUGAUGGGAGCUCCACAGAGUCUCCGGAUUCUGUCUGUAACGCUGGAGAACAGCAGCAGAUCCUGCAGACCACACGGAAGAUGUGUUCAGUUAAACUGAUCGACUGCACGACCCUGAUGAUGAAGAUUAAAACUGAACCCACAGAAAUAAAAACUGAACCCACAGAAAUAAAAACUGAACCCACAGAAGAGGAAGAUCGCACUGAGAAAGACGAUGAUUUUAUUCCAUCAGAUGUGAAGAGUGAUUCAUGUCGUGAUGGAGAAACGUCCUCAACAUCAGAAGAGCGAUGUGGAUAUUACUUCAGCACCAAAAAAAAUCUUAAUGAUCACCAGAGAAUUUACACAGGAGAAAAACCAUACCAAUGUCCUCACUGUGAGAUGAGAUUUAGAUAUAGACGUGGUCUAAAGACACACGUGCUGUCACACACCAAUGAGUGCAGUGAAUGUGACAAAGCCUUUGGGGAUUCAAGUUCAUUAAAAUCACACCAGAAUAUUCACUCUAAAGAGAAACUCUAUCAAUGUUUACACUGCGAUAAAGGUUUCUGUCAUAAAUAUAAGCUGAAAGUCCAUCAGAAAGUUCAUACUGGAGAGAAACCUCAUCACUGUAUUGUCUGUGGGAGGAGUUUUAGUCAAAAGGCUAACUUACUAAAGCACCAGAGAAUUCAUACAGGUGAAAAACCUUACGAAUGCUCUCAGUGUGACAAGACUUUUUCUCAGUCAGGUCAUUUAAAACUGCAUGAGAGAGUUCAUACUGGAGAGAAACCUUAUCACUGUAGUGUCUGUGGGAAAAGUUUUAGUCAACAGGGUACAUUUUUAAAGCACCAGAGAAUUCAUACAGGUGAAAAACCUUUAAAGUGCUCUCAGUGCGAAAAGACUUUUUCUCAUUCAGGUUACUUACAAACCCAUCAGAGAGUUCAUACUGGAGAGAAACCUCAUCACUGUAGUGACUGUGGGAAGAGUUUUAGGACAAAGGCUAACUUAGUAAAUCACCAGAGAGUUCAUACAGGUGAAAGACCUUUCAAAUGCUCUCAGUGCGACAAGACGUUUACUCAAUCAGAUUACUUAAAAUCCCAUCAGAGACUUCAUACUGGAGAGAAACCUUACGUCUGCGCUCACUGUGCAAAGAGCUUCUCUAAACAGUCUCAUUUCAGAGUUCAUCAGAGAGUUCACACUGGAGAGAAACCUUAUCACUGUAAUUUUUGUGGAAAGAGGUUUAGUCAAACGUCAAACUUUGUAAAGCACCAGAGACUUCAUACAGGUGAAAGACCUUUCAAAUGCUCUCAGUGUGACGAGACGUUUGUUCAGUCAGGUCACUUUAAAGCCCAUCAGAGACUACAUACUGAAGCGAAUACUGCAAUAUCACAAAUGAAAUAAAGCAGUGCUGUUCACUCCUUA